CUUCUUUUAGCGCUUUAUUUAAAAACCUUUGAAACUUUUUCAUUUCCCUCCAUUCUCUGAGUUCUUUUCACUGUCCCAACUCCAAUCCAAUCCCCUCUGCGUUCUUCAGCCACAGAAAAUGGAGCAGCAGAGAAAUCAGAAGGGGGCUCAAGAACAACAAGAACUCGAGGAAGUCCAGCAUGGCCCUUUUCCAGUCGAACAGCUUCAGGCGUCCGGUAUAGCUGCCAUUGAUGUAAAGAAGCUUAAAGAUGCGGGUCUUUGCACGAUUGAAUCCGUUGCUUACUCUCCAAGAAAAGAACUUCUGCAAAUCAAAGGAAUUAGUGAAGCUAAAGUUGACAAGAUCAUUGAGGCAGCCUCCAAAUUAGUGCCAUUGGGUUUCACUAGUGCUAGCCAACUUCAUGCCCAGAGGCUUGAAAUCAUUCAAAUUACAUCAGGAUCAAGGGAACUUGACAAAGUCUUGGAGGGAGGAAUUGAAACAGGAUCUAUUACCGAGUUAUAUGGUGAGUUUCGUUCUGGAAAGACUCAACUCUGUCAUACGCUCUGUGUCACUUGCCAACUUCCAUUAGAUCAAGGAGGUGGAGAGGGAAAAGCAAUGUACAUUGAUGCCGAGGGAACAUUUAGACCCCAGCGACUCUUACAGAUAGCAGAAAGGUUUGGAUUGAAUGGGGCCGAUGUCUUGGAGAAUGUGGCUUAUGCUAGAGCUUACAACACUGACCAUCAGUCAAGGCUCUUGCUUGAAGCAGCAUCAAUGAUGGUUGAAACAAGAUUUGCUCUCAUGGUAGUAGACAGUGCUACAGCUCUGUACAGGACGGACUUUUCUGGAAGAGGUGAACUUUCAGCUCGCCAAAUGCAUCUUGCAAAGUUUCUUCGCAGUCUUCAAAAAUUAGCAGAUGAGUUUGGUGUUGCUGUUGUUAUUACAAACCAAGUAGUUGCACAAGUAGAUGGCUCUGCACUGUUUGCGGGUCCUCAGUUUAAGCCCAUUGGUGGUAACAUCAUGGCGCAUGCCUCCACAACAAGGCUUGCUCUACGGAAGGGAAGAGGGGAAGAGCGCAUCUGUAAAGUAAUAAGCUCCCCAUGUUUGGCUGAAGCUGAUGCACGCUUUCAGAUCUCUACAGAAGGCGUUACUGAUGUCAAGGAUUGAUUCGAUUCAAGCAAUUUUCAGACAUUUUUUAAUUUCAAGGAAGCAAGCACUGUCCCAUGUUUACAACCCUUGUAAAAUUUUGGUUGGUGGCUGUUAGUUUCUUUUGAAAUUUUCCUAGAGCUCUUAUGAAAUUUGAGGAGAUGUUAUACCCUCUUGUACUUGUUCCUUCCCAUUGUUUUAUGUAAUAUAGAAAAGAGAUCUGCCUGGUUAUUUGGUUUUUUA